GAAAAAAAAAAAAAAAAAAGAUGCGUGUGAGGAGCUCGGCCCUGGUUCAUCCAUGACCAGUAGGGAUAAAGCACCGAAACUUUAUCGGUCUCACCGACGGAGAGACGAACGGAACGGACACUCCUCCUUCAGUUCCAUUCCAUCUCUGCUCCUACAUCUCAUCGCUCUCCAUCAGCUCCCACAAGGCUGCAGAGGAACGGCAUCACCCCUUUCUCAUCCGACGCCAUGGCAUUCCAGCCCGCCUCUGCCCACCUCCCCACCAGGGUGGUAUCCACCGGAGCAACCACUACGGCCGUCGUUUCCCAGAAUCUCCUCCGGGCCACUGCACGCUCCAAAACCAGCCUCACCCAGAUCGACUCCCUCCGCGCCUCCUAUCCACUCAAGCUCCUCUCCCCGGCGUCUGACAACACCAUUUUUCUCGCUUCCCCAACAACCAAUGCCUCCUCCGACUAUACUGACUCAUCAUCACCUAUCACAAGACCUCCUCUACCCCCGCCUCCCCGAAUCGUCUACAUGAUCACCUAUGGCGGCGGCCUUCUCGCGGACGACCAUCCAGAUCUUCAAUUCAUCCUCCAACGACACGCUCGUCUCCUCGUCUUGGGACAGGGCAAUACCAAGAUUUACAAGUCUCCUCGGCCAGAUUAUCCGCCCGCAUCGCAGACCCUCCAUAGCACAGUCGGACCGGGUUCAUUGUUCCUCUUCUUAGGACCCGCGGUCGUGGCAUGCGAGGAUUCGAGUGUCUUUCUGAGACACGAGAUCUUGUUACAGGCACAGCGAUGUAGGAUCGAAGGGAAGGCUCAGGAUCAAGAACAUGAUGAGGAUGAUGAAUUGCCGAGUUGUGUGGUGUUGGAUUGGAUCGCGGGUGGACGUGGUAAGGAGGAGCGAUGGAAGGCGAACCGGUCAGAGUGGCGGCUGAUCGUUCGAUGGGCGGAGCUGGAGCCAAAUUCGACAGCAUCGCUGCAGCCGAACCCCGAUUCGAUCACAGAUGUGAAGCAGCAGAAUGUAAAAGGAGAAGAAAAAGAGGAAGACGAGGAAGAGGAGUACGUUGAUGAGGAAGAUCCUCGGGAUAUCGCCGAUCGACUGGCGGGAGGCCCUGUCGUUUUCCGCGAUGGCUUCCUGAUCGAGCACAACCCAUCCUUGCCAUCCAAGCCCUUCGUCUCGGCAUCGUCAGCAACGUCAGCAUCAGCAUCAGGAUCGGCCCCACCAGGUCCAAAAAUGACAUCCUACGCUCCAUCCCUCUACCCGCACUCGACCAUUGGCUCUUUAUUUAUCAUGGGUCCCAAAACCGCACGUCUCCAACGAUCUAUUCUCCGCCGUUUCGAACAACUCACUGUCUACCCGGGUCAGAAACCUGACCAGCGCGCUGACUACCCUAUCCUCUGGAGUGUUACGGUCGUCCAGGUGCCUCGCCCUGCUGGACCGAAUCAGGGGCCACCUUCGCCUGGGUCUUCAAAGAAGGGCUCAGUGCCGCGGAGGAAAUUGGAGAAGAUGAACGCGAUGGUGGUCAAGAUGGCUUCGCAGGGAAAUGAGCAGAUGCAGGAUUUCAUAAAGUCGUUGUUUGAAGAGCAGGCUGCAGAGAUGGAUAAUCGGAAGAAGAUGAUGGAUAGUGACGACGAAGACGAUCACGAUCGUGCUCAUGAUCGACGUGGUGCCAAAAACGGCAUGAGCGGGUUAGACAACCGACCAGAGGAAGAGCUAUCGGUCAUCGAAGAGCUGUUUGGUGGAAGGACUGUCUGGGAACGCGUAUUCCGAUAGAUAUCCUCAUUACAUUAAACAUGCGUUCUCCUGUAUGCCUCCGCAUAUGAGCUUUCAAUAAACGAGCUCUGCAAUUUCGUCCGAA